AUGAGUCCCGAGACUGCAUUGAAACCUAGUACUGCCUUAAACGGAGUGCAUGGACUGCAUUUGGUGCCUCACUCACCAUUUGCAUAUGAAGAGAUAAAACUGCAUGGGGACUCUCAUCAAUCUACUUAUGGAAGAUCUGACUUUAGCUAUAACCAAAGGCUAAGAAUACAGAAAGUAUGGCAGCAAAGACCUGCUUGUCUGAGGCCAGUCCAUGGUUGUGUGAAUGGCGAUAAACAUCUUGCAGAAACAGUCGUUAAUGUGCUUACUUCGCUUCCUUUCAUUGCCCUUGGGAUCCAGGCCCCAAGGAAGAAUUUGAAUUGUAAACUCUAUGCCAAUUCAUUAAUUGGAGUAGGAAUUGCUUCGAGUGUGUACCAUGCCUCAAGAGGAAAAUUGAGGAAGUAUCUCAGAUGGGCCGACUACACAAUGAUAGCCACAGCAACUGUGUGUCUGUCUAGGGCACUUAGGAAUGAGAACCCGAAGUUACUGACGGCAGCUUCAGCUUUCUUUCUACCAAUUCAGCCUCUGAUGGUGUCAGCAGUUCACACGGGGAUUAUGGAGGUUGCAUUUGCGAAGAGAGCAUUUCAAGAUCCAGACCUCAGAAUGGCCUAUAACGUGCAUAAGAUGUCUUCAUUGUUAGGGGGUGCACUUUUCAUUGCCGAGGACUUAUUUCCUGAAACUCCAUUUCUACAUGCUGGUUGGCAUCUUGCUGCUGCUGUUGGAGUUGGCACUUGUAACAAGCUUCUCGACUAG